AUGACAAAUAAAAGGAAUAAUAAAUAUCAAUCUAUAAAUAAUAAUGAUGAUGAAGAAGAUGAUGAUUUUAUAAAAUCAAGAGAUUAUAAUAAUAAUAAUAAUAAUAAUAAUAAUAAUAAUAAUGUAAAAAUAAAUAAAAGUAAUGGUAGUAGUAGUAGUAGCGAUAGUUUUGAUGAAUUUAUAGAAAAUUCAGAAGAACAAACAUUUUUAAAAAAUAAAGAUAAUUAUGAUGACAAUGGUAAAAUUAAGAAGAAAAUAUCAAGUAAACCUUAUGGUAAAUUCAAGGGUAUAUCAAAUGCAAUAAAUGGUGAUACAGUAAAAGUGAAGAUAGUGAAUUGGUUUAGAACAUUACUCUACCAUUGGAAACAUUUCUUUUCACAUACAUUAAGAAUCAAUCUACGUAAUAAGUUAUCCUAUUUGUUAGGAUUUUCCGCAUGCUUCUUGGUAGUGUUUAUAGUGUCACUAUGUGUUUCCAUCAUCACCAACACACCAGUGGUAUUCCUAAGUUUGUCAGAAGCAAGUGUUGGUGAAAUGGAUAUGGUGUUGACACCUGGUUCAUGGACAUUAUCAGAUCAAUUAAAUUAUACAAUGUUAUCAGAGUUAUUAGCUGGUACAUAUAAAGAACCAAAUGGAAGUUAUUUUGAUGAUAAUAAUAAUAAUAAUCAAUAUGAAUUAGAAGAAGUAGAUGAUAGUUACCAUUCACCAAGAGUCGAUGGGACUGUUAGUGUGGUUAGUGCAAAGUCGUGUCCAAACGGUAACACAAAUCCAAAUGAUAAUCUUUGGAAAUAUCAUGAUGAGCCAAAUCAAUGUGAACCAUACUGUUUCGAAUCAGUUUGUAGUAAUUCAGUAGCAAGUAAAGCAUCGAUGUUUGUGAUUGAUACUGCACGUGAAAAGAGGAUGGGAUUAGGUCGUGAUUGGAAAUUGGAUGCUCCACCACAGGGUACAGUUUACGUUCAAGAGAAUUUAGCAAAUAAAUUAUCAAUUUCAAAGGGUGAUACAAUAUUCAUUCGUAUUCCAACUAGAUCAUUUCUAUCAUCAAUUUGGACUCAUGCCAAUAUCACCUCUUCAACCAUACCCGUAAUUUAUGCAACAGCAACUGUUGCUGAUACUUUCUCUUCUUCUGAAGGUAAGUUCCCAUCCGAUCAAAGUUCUUCCAUAAUCAUUGAAUAUUCAACAUUUUUACCAUUUUUAAUUACACAAUUUGAUCCAGAAAUGAAUUAUAAUUCAAAAAAUUAUAUUUCAAAAAUUAAUUUUUAUGAUUAUUCAAAACAAGUUAUUAUAAAUUUACCACCAUCAAGAUUAACACCAUAUAUUAAUUCAAAUCAAGAUGUAAUUUUAGAAAAGAUUGUAGAUUUUUCAAAUAAAAUUUUAUAUAAAGUUGGAUUUAAUGAACUUUCAUCAGAAUUACCAGUGAUGAGUGAACUUUCAAAGAAUAGAUAUGUAGCAUUAUUUUUAGGUUUGAUUUUGAAUGUAAUCAUAUUCAUUCUAUUGUUUUUAUCGAUUCUAUUGAUUUAUUCAUUGUUGAUGAUUGAUGUAGAGACUAGAACCUUUGAAAUGGGUGUAAUGAGAAUGAUUGGUACAACAAGAAAUGGUAUUAUUCAAUUGAUGCUAUUCAAAGCAUUCUCCUAUAGUGUACCAUCUUGGGGUUUAGGUUUAUUAAUUGCUCAAGUAUUUGGAUUCAUUGUUUCUGCUAUUUUCAAAUCAAUUACUGGCGUACCAAUUCCACCAAAAUUAACAGGUGAAGCCAUAUUGUUAGCAUCGGCAUUGGGUAUUAUAAUUCCAAUAGCGUCGGCAAUCUUUCCAAUUCGUAAUGCAUUGGGUAAGAAUUUACAUGACUCUUUAGAUGUGAAACAUUCAAAGACUGCCGCUGUACAAAUCUCAAUUGAACGUAGUGAAGAUAACAGUUUCUCAUCAUCGGUUGCAUUGAUUGGCUCAUUGUUGUCUGUGUUUGGCUUUGGAAUUUAUUAUGUGUUCCCAUUGUCGUUGCUUUCAUUCAAUUUGACACUACUUUUAAAUAUGUUCUUCAUGUUGUUGAUUGCAAUGUUAUUGGGGUUGGUUAGUUUAGCAUUAAAUGUUGAACAGAUUCUAGAGAGGGCUGUAGUUAAUCUAUUCUUCUUUUGGGAGAAACGUGCUAUCAAAUCAUUGGUUAUAAAGAAUUUAAUAGCUCAUAAACUUAGAAAUAGAAAGACCGCUAUCAUGUAUGCAGUUUCAUUGGCAUUCAUUAUCUUUGUCAAUGUUUCAUACUCUAUGCAACAGGCAUCAAUGAAUUAUCAAGUUCAACAAAGCUAUGGUAGUUAUCUAAGUGUGAAAAGUAGUGAACCAUUCUUUCAACCAGAGUCAACUUUGUUAAUCGAUCAAUUCCUCUCACAAUAUCAACCAGAGAUUGAAGAUUACGCUUGGGAGUCUUCAUCUUUCUCAAUUAUGACUAAACAAUAUCAACAAUCUCAAAUUACAAACAUUGGUCAUAUCUAUAGUGAUGGCACCAAUAUGUAUGCGAUUUCUCCAAACUUAUUCGCUACUACUUUACCUGGAUUCUUAAAGGCAAGCUCAAUCGCUCCUGAUCCUGAUUAUAGUUUGAAUGAUAUUCAAUAUCUUUCCGAGCAAAUCUAUUCAUUUACUAGUGGUCAAAAGAUAAUCAUUGGUUCAUUGUAUACCGAUGUUAUUGGUGCUUCAAUUGAUCAAUCAUUCCUAUUACAAUUAAAUAUUAAAUCUGGUGAAGCUUCAUCAGUUAAUUCCACUAGACACUUAGUUAAACCAUCGGCAAUGUUAGAUAGCGCACCAUCUUUUAAAUUCUCUAAAUUCCCAUCAGUUACAAAUCAAGAUUCAAUCGUAUCAUUUCCAACUUAUCUCUCGUAUGCAAGUAGUAUCUUCUCAUCAGUACGUGAAAUUCCAAUGAAUCAAGUGAUUUUGAAAUUGAAUACUGAUGAUAAAGAUGCUGUAGAAUCAAUAAAGAAUCGUUUAAAUAGCUUUUUAAUUGGUAAUCUUAGAGAGGAUUUCGAUAUGUUGGAUUACUAUGAAAAGAUUAAACCUUUUGCAACGGCCUCUGUGAUCAUUCAAUACUUUUUCAGUUUUACUACAGUUUUAGCAAUGACCAUCUCUUUCUUCUCUUUAAUGUCUUCUGUAUAUUCAAAUAUUUUAGAACAAACUAAAGAAAUUGGUGUUUUAUGUGCAUUGGGAAUACCAAAAUCUUGGAUGAUUAGAAUUUACGUCUAUGAAGCUUUCGUAUUGGUUAUGGCUUCCUCAAUGUUGGGUAUGUUUAUUGGUUCAACUGUUGGUUUCACAAUGAUCCUUCAAAGACAAUUAUUUACAAUGUUACCAAUUCCAAUGACUUUACCUUGGCAAUUAAUUAUAAUAGUUUUCAUUUGUUCAAUGUUUUUCUCUUUCUUUUCAGCUUUUGGACCAAUUAGAAAAGUACUUAAUCAACCCGUUGUUAGUAUAAUGAGAGUUGUAACUUAA